GAGUUGUUUUUCAAGAGUUCCGGCUCAUUUGUGCCCGAACUCCGCAUUUUAAAUCUCCAAUGCAAUUUUUCUUCCCCGGUUCUCCACCUCCGUUUUUUCCAUCUUCCUCCUAUGCAUAUCCUGCGAUUUCGGCAACACCACCUUAGUGAUACAGUGAAAGAGUAGAGAUUGAUCAUCAAAAGUUGAAUGGAAGGAAACACGAAUUUGCAGGCAUCAACUUUCGGUUUAUUGUGGUGGCAUUUGCUGUGUAGCUCCGGUAUACCAACCGCUUUCUGGGUUGCCCAUCGUUUCCAAUCUGUUAAUCUCAUCUCUACUCCUCAUCGUACUCUUCUUGUACUUUGGGUGAUUCAAUGUCCAUUUGUAAUUUUACUUUCCAGUUUUUUCAGGAUAAAUCCACGGGAUUGCUCGUACUUGAAGGCUGUAGGACGAGGCGUACUUGGGCUUUUUGCAGGGGCCUUGGUCUUUGCUCUUGGAGCUAUUAGCUUGGGUGCUCCAGUUGGCUCAACGUAUAUGCUGGGCACAAUUAACUGGUCUCUGCUGAUGUCAUUGCUUACAGUCUCACCAGCUGCUGCUAUCUUUGGUUCAUCUUGGGUAGACUGGAAGCGCAUAUUUGCACAUACUAGGCCGGCAGGAUCUGUUGAUUUUAUGGUUUGCCUUCCGGCGCAUGGUUCUAUUGUUGGGGCAUGGUUUGGGGCCUGGCCAAUGCCACUUGAUUGGGAGAGGCCAUGGCAGGAAUGGCCCAUAUGUGUGACAUAUGGUGCGCUGGUCGGUUAUUUGAUCGGCAUGGUGGCAUCUUUGGUGUUAGGUUUUUUUAGCCGUCGGAAGCCUUACAUCAAAGCAGAUUAGGGUAUUCUGUAAUUCUCUCCUAAAUCUCACUGUUAUUCUAAUCUUACAGAAAUUUUGUAUCAAAAGAACAGAAAGUAGACAAGACACUUAACUGGUUUCGUGAAUGGACGAGGUUGAGGCGAGGCGAGGCGAGGCUUGGAUUAGGAGGUUGUAUACUUGUUGUUAUUAACUUGGAAAUAUGUUUAUAUCUGAUAUUUGAUGUAAUCAUCGCUUUAAAUGCUCUUUUAAGUGACAGAUUGGUGUGUACUUGAGUCCGCUGAGCAAGUUGUUUGAAGUAGUCACCAUGUUUAUCUUGCCAAGGAAAAUGAUAUCCUUGAAUCUUGAUACAUCGACAAAACUUAUUCAGGGGCCAAAAGAAUUGGCGCAAGUUUAAUUAUGAGAUUAGUUUCUAUGCUA